AUAAAAUGUAGCCAAUGAUUUGAUUACAGCUGAAAGCAGUUUCGUGUUGGCUUGUAUUACACCAAAACCCUUCAACUUUGUUUCGAUUCUUUUGUAAUGGAAAUUGGACAACCAGAUCUUGAGCCGGCGACCACCUCCAAUCCACUUGUCGGUAAGUCGUCUUGCGGUUCCUGCCUCCCCGGCUACGGAGCCACCACCGUUAAAUCCUCCUGGUGGCAGCGAGUUCACAGCAACCACCUUCACGAGCCACGGUGGUGGGUACGGGCGUUUCUAAAGAUCCGAGAGUGGUCGGAGAUCGUAGCUGGACCACGGUGGAAGACUUUCAUCCGUAAAUUUAACCGCGAUCGACCUCGCGGUACCGCCAACUUCCGAUAUGAUCCUUUGAGUUAUACCUUGAGUUUCGAAGAUGAAUACAAAGAUGAUGACGACAACGAAGCUGGAUUUGGUGGAGUCCGAAGCUUUUCGAUGCGUUACGCGUCUGUCCCCGUUGAUUCUAGUAAAGCUACCGACGGUACCAGCGUUGUCGACGCCGUGAAAUGAUUGUUGGGGUGGACGAGUUCUACGAUAGGCGUUUGAAAAGUCUCUCGCGUGAGUUGUGCGCUUCCUUAUUUAUUUUGUUUACGUGAUCCUAUUUCUAUAUGUCAUGUAAUUAAAUGUAUCACGACGGUCUUAUAUUUUGAUUCUAUAAUUUUUCUGUCUCUACUAAGGACGGUAUACUAUAAUUUUUCAUUGUUACAUAAUUUAAGUAUUGUUGUACAAAAGAUUAUGGUAAGUGACCGUUAGUUGUGUUUAAUUGUAUAUUAAGUUAAGCUUGGUUUGA